UCCUCGCCGGCGGACGGCGGCCUCGCCGACACCUACACCAAGAUGACGUCCGACAUUCUGGCGGAGAGGACGCUCGGCGACUUCCUGUCGGAGCACCCGGGCGAGCUGGUGCGGACGGGGAGCCCGCACUUCGUGUGCACCGUGCUGCCGCCGCACUGGCGCUCCAACAAGACGCUGCCCGUCGCCUUCAAGGUGGUGGCGCUCGGCGACGUGCUGGACGGCACCCUGGUGACGGUGCGCGCCGGCAACGACGAGAACUACUGCGCCGAGCUGCGCAACUGCACCGCCGUCAUGAAGAACCAGGUGGCCAAGUUCAACGACCUGCGCUUCGUCGGCCGCAGCGGCAGGGGGAAGAGCUUCACGCUGACCAUCACGGUGAGCUCGUCGCCACCGCAGAUGGCGACGUACAACAAGGCCAUCAAGGUGACGGUGGACGGACCGCGGGAGCCACGCUCCAAGACAAUGCUGUGCUCUCUCCUAGGGCAGCAGCAGCAGUUCCACGCCUUCGCCUUCGGCCAGCGCCCCUUCCUGCCCGGACACUUCGGCAGCCCUCUCGACCCGUUGCAGCGCGCCGCCUCCGACCCGCUGUCCGGCUCGCUCAGCUUCCGCAUGCCCUCCAUGUCCAACUGCCAGAACAUGAGCCAGUUCGGGCUGGGCGCGUCCAACAGCCACUGGGGCUACGGCUCGGCGCCCUACUCGCCGUACCUGACGGGCGCGGCGGCGGGGCUGGCAGGCAGCUGCGCCUCCACGGGCGUCGGCUUCAACACGCCGGCGCUCGGCUUCUCCGCCGACCAGGGCUCCACCACGGCGCACGACGCCUUCGCCUCGCCCUCCACCGUCUCCUCGCUGCUGCCCGACACGACAACAGCGACGGCUGACCUGGAUCAGCACCUCGGCCUGGUGAGUGCCCAGCAGCAGCAGCAGCACGGGGGCGGCGUCGGCCACCACCAGACGGGUGCCGCUGACACCACCGGAUCUGCGGGGGCCAACACAGCGAACGGUGCCGCCGGGGGAACCAGCAACGGUGCGGGCAAUCCCCAGCAGCAGCAGCAGGAGCGCGUCGGCUCCGCGGGCUCGGCGGGGUCCAGUGCUGCCGGUCUGCUGGUUCCGCGUUAUCCUUCGUCUGCAGACUUCGGGCUCGUCGCCUCGGGGCCGCGCUCGCUAAGCGACUCCUCGGCGGGCGAAUCGCCAGUCGGCAGCAGCGACGACCUGCUGGGCGCCGGCCAGCACAACGGCGGUGCCGCGCCCUCCUUCUCCUCGCUGGUGCCGGGACACCACCACCAUCACCACCACCACCAGGCGGCCACCACCGGAGCCGCCGCUGCCGCGCCUUACGCCAGCUCCGGCGGAUCCAACCUGUACCUGGGUGCGCCGGUGCUGCCGGCGUCGCUGCUCUACUCGCAGCUCUACUCGGCCGCCAGCGGCCAUCAGAAUCACCACCAUCACCACCACCACCAUCAGUUCCACCACCCUCUGCACCACCACCAUCACCACCAGGACCUGACGGGCGCCACGGCUACCGACGCCAUCGCGCCGUCGGUGGCUGGCGUGAACGGCGGCGCGUCGUCGACCGGAGGCUCUGCGCUAGGCGGACUACUCGGUACCUGCGCGUCGGUGUCGGCGGCGGCUGCGGCGGCCGCAGCGGCGGCGGCAGGCGGGUCGCGGGGCGUCGGCGCGGAGGAAGACGCCGCCUCCCAAGCGCGCAACGGCCUCGCGGUGCCUCAGCAGCAACAGCAGCCGCGCGCGCACUCCGCUAGCGACGGCGCCGCCGUCUGGAGGCCGUACUGAGCCCGGCGGCCCGACUCGCGCCGUCUUGCCGGUGACGGAAGCCUUCUGCCAUAGCCUACGUUCGGGACUUCGUGCACAAAAGCUGACGCACCAAAAACAUUUCUCACACACGAAUCGUCAAUACGACAGUGCUCCACACGUCAUUUCAAUAGCGGUGGUCCUACAAGGGCAGCAGCCUACUGCGAUAGCCUGCCACGUAUAUUGAUAUACCAAAAACAUUGGUCACAUACGACAGUGCUCCACAUGCCAUUUCAAUAGUGAUGGUCCGAAAGUGGCAAAAGCUUGCUGUGAUACACUGCCACACACACUGACAUACCAAAAGCAUCGAUCAAACGUGUCGUUUUAGUAACGCAUUACAUCAGCGAUAUUACCUGAUUUACGUGCAGGAGCAACCCUCUGUACAGGAGACUGAUAUACCAGAAACCUUGGUCAAAUCUGCAGUACGACAGUGCUCCACAGGCCGUUUCAGUAGCGCUUCUCCCACAGUGAUAUUACUGAUUUGGUUACAGAAGCAAGAUCUACAGCUUUCGCUAUGCUCCUCUUAGAAGCGACAGCACACAAACAAUUUUGGGUCAGCGGAUGUUUAAGCGAGGUGAGACACAAGGUUAAACUAAUUACAAGAACCACGUGCUGAUUAGCAAGUAUUCUGUACUCAAUAGUAAUGGAACGAAAGUAAUAAUUCUGCUAAAAAAUGAACAAUAUCGCGACCUGUUCCCAAGCUAAUUCUGAGCUGCUGUAACUUAAUCACGAGAAGCUCACCGAAUUCCAUGUGUAUAACUUGCCAAAUUAUCUCGCACAACACACAUAAAAUAAUAAAAUACCCGGCGUUUCAGCCUUGUUUCAGCGGCAUUUCUCACAUUUUGCGGCCUUAGGAAGGCCGUUAUACCACAGCCGAAACGUUUUUCAUUGUACUAUUUUGGUAUUUUAGGUAUUUUACAAGAUGACGCAGCAGCACACCCAGAUAUAUGAUAAAAGGAUUGGCACCAGUCACAUAAGUCACCGUACUUAUAAUCAAAUCGAGUUCAAAAUUUCUGCAAAAGAGUGAUGAACAUUAUGUAAUAUCGUUGUCAGCUGUUAGUUACAAACAUUUCCAGAAACAAUGAGAAUAUAAAAAAAGGUCUUAGGUCCUCAAAAUAUGUGUAUUUUCUCAUGUACUAAACGCUCGUCCGUUUUUUAACAAAGUUAUCUACUUUGGAAAAUAGUUUUUAUUGCUCAUAAAAUAAAAUUAUGAGCUGAAAAGUUUUAUCAUUGCCUCGCACAGUUUUUUGGUUAAAACAAUUUCAGUUUUUCACAAGCUUGGUGGAAUUCCAUAGAUGUGAUUAUGAGGUUUAAUUAAAUCAACUGUUAUAGCAAAUGUUUAGUCUAUCCAGUUGUUUUGAAAAUUUAAAUUACCUUUCUUUUGCUGCGCCGUAAGAGUAUUCACAUUGUAACAGUUUAAUAUUUAUCCGUGUUGUCAACCCAAUAUGAAAUUCUUUGAGACAGCACUAGAAGCGAGGACCACAGUUCCUUUUUUUGUUUCGUAUGGCUGUAAGCAUUUGCAAUAACCUCUCGCUCCAAUGAUCAAGACUUUUAUACCUCGCUGUAACGUUUAAUAUCUAAUAGGAUACGAUUCACACAUAACAAUAAUAGUGAACUUUCAAAUAUCUAUCUUUGUAUUACAGCAUUUCUUUUAACGACGUACUGGCUCAGAUGACCCAUGAAUGAUAUGGCUUGCAGUCACAUUCGCCUACCAUCCGAAAUGUAAAGACAACGGCUGACAGCAAAGCUUAGGUCCCACCCAUGUUUACUUUGAUAACACGUAAACCAACGGUUUCGUUGUAUUCUUAACCCUCACUUUUAGAACAUAUCCCUAGUAUUUAAAAAUUUUUAACAAGCAUUUACCAUUAUAAACUAUUUUGAAGAAGCAGUCGUAUGCUGUUGUUUCACAAUUAAAAAAGGAAAAGAAAGAAAACUCAUUCCUCUUAAUAUCCGCCGUAGAUACAUAAACUAUGAACUCUUCCCAUUCUUUAAAAUAAUUUCGUACUGUGCAUAGUAUUCCUUUUACGGAAACCUUUGCUCAUCAUCUUCAACACUUCCGAAAACUUUUAUAGCUAACAAAUUAGGUGACCUGCUUUGUAUUGUAUAUGAUGCCUACAAAUAAUAGAAACUUUGAAUGAACUUUGAGCACACACUCAUAAUUGAUAAGAAGCUUGAAAUAUAACACUAUCGAAUUACUUUUAACGCCGAUAUGUGACGAACCUGAUGUUGACAGAUAUUUAUAGAGCAUCUCGAAAUGCAAGGAAGCUCCAUUCCAACAACGAAAACUGCAUUUAAUUAGGAGUUGUCUACUAUCUUAAUUUUCAAAUAAUCAACAAAGUGCAUAUUGCAUAAUCCAUCUAGAACGUAACGUAUGAUACUAUUUCAAGGACUGCUUUCUUACUACAUUAAACUUUAUGUUUUGAGGUGAGCUUUUUUUGUUGCUAUCAUUUAUUUCCUUUUUAAGUCAACCGUACCUGAACUGAUUGGUGUCAACAAUUUUAUUGUAUUCAUUAGGUGAACAAUACCCAUCUGCUUAAUCACUUAUUCAUCUUAAUUGAGUGUACGUUAAAUGGAGCAGAAACGCUGCCAAACUUAACAUUUUCCGUUAAACUCAUUCUACACGUAUAAACCCUGCAAAACAUUGUAAAUGACGUAGUCUAUUGUUGUUAAUACAUCAUGAUGAAUGUAAAAACAGCGCUCAUUGGUUAUGUCACUGCUCAUUGCUUACAUCACGGAGAUGUUAUGCAGCUAGGUCUCGUGUUUUCUGUCGGAUUUGAAGAGAAUUAAGUCGUACGCUAAAUAACAUUCUCAUUCCCAAAAAAGGAUAUAGCAACUUUCCACCGAAAUUUGCCGGAAUACGUGAAAAUUAGAUUAUGGAACCAAUCGCCUAUUACGUCAAUUGUCGUUUCACUUCAAUUACCACAGAAGUCAACAGUGGACCGUUAUUGUUAAUUUAAAUUUCGUAAUUUAUUCGCAACAGCACAGUACUGUGUUCUAUUUGCAACACGAGGCCUCUUCCGUAAAUCAACGACUUAGAACACGAAUUUAGUAUUGUAAUUAUACGAGGUAUCGGUCAAGUGUUUUACAGUUUAUCUUCUCGUAGGCUACUCAGCUGUAGGGAACUCACAAUAGCAUUUAAACGACCGCAUUUGAAGAUAUGGUCGUCACUGAAUAUUUUACAAGACACAGACGGAAUAUGCUGUAAAUAUUGUAAGAAAGAAAUCAUAGCACACAUAAAAUUCGUGCUAGUUCAAUUACGACAUAUUUUAUUGUUUAAAACAACUACUUCGUAAGCGAAUGACAUUUAUAUGUGUAGCUCUUGUCGGUAAGAAUUAAUGUUCACUUUCUGUUCACAAAUAUUGUUCACGUUUCAAGUUGCAUCCCUGUGUCCAAAUGUCAGAUUUAUACUUUUCAGUUAGACAGUCAUUUUCUCCGAAAAUAUCUACGUCUUGAAAGAUUCAUUGUUCCUAAUUCUGCAUUGUGUACUCUAUUCCAAUGAUUGGUUGCGGAACUUAAAUGAGGGUCUUAAGGCUUUUCUGAAGUAACAAUGAUUUUAUCAGAAAUCUGUAGUUACAUGACGUCUCUAUCGAGUAUUAAAAUAGUCCCCUAUAUUUCAUUGAAAUAUGUUUCGCAUCUUUUGCUUUAUUUAUUUAUAUAUUAGUCACUACAUGUAAUAGUUGUAAAUAAAUAUUUUUGUUAACUUAUGGUAAAGUUGCUUUGCGAAGUUAUGUUUGAGCAUUGUAACAUUAGUCUUAAGUUAAUGUGUUACAUUUAGUGUUUGUAUUUCACUGAUGUUUGUUAAUGCAUACUUCUUAUUGUUAACUGCUUGUUAACUACACUGUUUUAUAAAGUAAUAUAUCAAUUAUAACAAAGUUUGUUCCUUGUAUUCGUUAAUGUUAUGUAUGUACAAGUUCCGUUUUAUUAAUGAAAUGCUAAUACGUAGAGACUACAGCAUAAUCUUUAGAGAAAUAAAUCUGAUUGUCACUGAGGUAAGCUUGAGUCGUCACUGGACAUCGUAUCGAACUAUAAAUAAAACUACUCACUUCAUAUUUUUGUUACGUUUGACAUUGCUACAUAUUUGUUACUUUUUCAGAACCAAGUCAGACAGAGUUUUCAUGAAACUGGAGUUCCUGAUAGCGUUGCUUACAUUGUGACUUAAGUUUAAGAAAGCAAUUUUCUCUCCAAAAACAUUGUUGUGUUGGAAUAUGUAAAGAGAUGUCUGUUUGGUAAAAUCAUUUGCUGGGAAUCGUUCUUCGUUUCCUUAUGUGCAUCAUUUAGUUUCAAAUAACUGUGUACGUUUUUCUACUGAACUACCUUACCUAAUAUUAAAUCCCAAAAGUGUAUCUUGUUUCCUUGAUAAAGAUGUUCUCGGCCAAUAUCAAA